UUGGCUUAUAGUGAUGUUGAAGUACAAAAUCGACGAUUACAACGGGAAUUGCGACAAAAAGAUACAAUAAUACAAGAAUUAAAGCAAAAAGUGACUUUUCUCGAGCGCCGAGUUGUUGAAUUAACUGGUGAAGAACUUCCAGUCAAAUAUGAUAUGCUAGUAGAAAACGAUUCAUUGGCAUUACCGGGAGAAUCGAUAAUGCAGACUCUACCUCAGCUGCACUCCCAAACUCUCCAGCAACCGAUAACCCACAAUCUUCCAGCACUCAACAACAACAACACCACAACGGUAGCACAGUCAGCACCUGCUCUUCCAUCAACAUUUCGCCUGUCCAACGGGCAAGGAAUCAAAUUUCGCCGAAAUCGUCAAAUAACACCGAAAAUAAUAUCAAGACGCAAUGAUGUUCGGUUCCAUAGUAAUCCAGCGAUACCAGUUACAGAAUUGACUGUUGAUUAUCCAUCAAAUGAAUUACGUCGUUCAAUGAUAAUUCCAGUUAGUGAGCGUAGAAAAUUUUUCGAAACUAUUGCUGAAUAUAGUAGUCCAUUUUAA